CGGCCCCAAGACUGUUUACAAAGAGGUUAAAAUUUUCUUCCGGGUUCGGAUUUGUCAGUUGCGAUGCACUACAUUUGGAUUUAUAUCUCUCUGUUAUAACUCCUCUAGAUUUUCAUUAAUUGAUCAACCUACUGCUGUUACCCGUUUCACACUACCGUGAAUUUUAACAAGACUUUGUUGUUGUUGUUUUUUUUUUAAUGAAACUGGAUAUACAAGUUCACUCGGCAUUUAACAGGGAGUCAUGUUCUGAACUAUGGCAGCCCUAGCGAUGAGUGGAGCACCUCCGCCAUUACCCAGCAGGGACGGGCGACCUCCCUCCAACACCCUCCCCCGUAGGGCCUCGGCACACGCUCCCUCCCGUACACAAUCACAGAUCUCGUCCCCCAGGCAUCGUCGACCGUCUGAAGAUGAACUCCCUCCCCCACCCCCACGGAGCAGAAAUGACCCCCUCCCACCGGUUCCCCCAUCGAUUCAAAGUUUGCCCCGACAGGACGAUUUGCCGCCACCCCCACCCAGGGGUAAACAAGACCCGCUUCCGCCCCCACCCCCGUCCAUUGGGACUCUGCCCCAUCCUAGGGGAAACCAACAGAAACAAAGUUCUCAAUAUACAUCACAAACUUUACCCAGAAACGCUCGAAGUGACACAAAUCUUCAGUCCACAGCAGAGAAGGCGGCCCCGCGACUCCCACCCCGGCGGAACGCGUCCCUCCACGGCGGUCACGCCCCUAGUGUGCAUAACCACGUGACAAAUGGCUCCAUCCCACAACGCAUAUUAGAGAAUUUUGCGAUGGUUUCCUCUGAAGAUCUCGAGUCCCGGUUUCCGUUCCACGAUGUUAACGAGCUUCCCCCACCCCCAGAAUUCAAAGACGUCAAGAAGAAGUAUUCCAGCCAGGAAUUUGAAAGGCACAGAAGAAGAGGUGCCCCAAAUCCCAACAACUGAACUUGAUCCUAACCGAGAACAGACAUUCAUUCUCUUCACCCAUGUUGACAGGAAAAACAGUUACACUGCAAAACAUGUGAUCAGAUUUAAAACGAAAGUGAAAAUCACAUGUACAGCCAUUAGUAUGUCAAUUUUAUACGGAGUUUAGCAUUGUGUAAAAACAGUUGUAAAAAUGUGACGUGGUUUUAUAUUUUAUUUUAUGUUAAGAAUGGCUCAAAAGGUAUGUGCUUCUCAAAUUAUUAUGUUGUAGAAUUACGCUAUGCUUGACAUUACAAGUUUACUACGUACGAGCUGUGAGUAUCAGUGCGUUACUAAACUAAACAAUGCUGAUUUGAAUGUAAUUUGGUAUUUUUCCCUUUUAUGACAAUAUUUAAUAAAUUAAAAACUAUAUUCAGAAGGUCAAA